AAUCCUCACGUAGGAGCGAGGGAGAGUGAUAACCUAGCUGCAAAUGUAAGAGGAUUUUUCUAUUCAGCAUCCGCUGGAAAGAGAUUAGGAGGACAGCAAUGGAAAUUAAAUUGUGCUGCAUAUAAAAUGGGCGGGCUUGUCACUAUAUUACGUUGGAACAGUCUAUUCUAAAAUGAAAUAGUCUGUCUUUGGACACGGUGAUAUUCGUUUAGCUGCAUUAAAAGAAGCGAUCAGCACCUAAAGGAUUUAGCGUACAUUAGACUAGAUUUGCUAGUCCAGUGAAACAUUUCUGUUGCCGACAGACAGAGUUGAACUCACUACACAACCACCAAUGAACAGUGAGAGAGACCUGCGCAUAUCGUCAGCAGCCGCUUCUCCAGCCUCAAGCUAAAAUUCGUCAGAUCUCAGAUCACAGAAGAAAUGUUUUACAUUCCGUCCGGCUAGGAACAAAAGAUAUUUGCGAAAAAGUUUCAGGAUAUAGUCAGCGGACCUCCAAUACAGCCUGGUUCAUCUGCUCAGUGAAAGGUCCUCAUAUUUCAACUAUGUGUGGACGGAGCAGGGCGGCCUCUCUUCAUCUGUGGGCUUGCUUACUUGUCACAAGCAGCGUACUAGGUGGAAAAAGCUCUGGGCAAAAUGGCAUGACAGAUGAGCAGAAAGAUAAUACCACAGUGUUCACCAAGAUCUUAGACAGCCUUCUUGACGGCUAUGACAAUCGCCUCAGGCCAGGACUCGGAGAGCGUGUAACUGAAGUCAAGACUGACAUUUUUGUGACUAGUAUUGGACCAGUUUCGGACCAUGACAUGGAGUACACCAUUGAUGUCUUUUUCAGACAGAGCUGGAAAGAUGAAAGAUUAAAGUUCAAAGGGCCCAUGGCCGUGUUGCGUCUCAACAACCUGAUGGCCAGCAAGAUCUGGACCCCCGAUACUUUCUUCCACAAUGGCAAGAAGUCAGUGGCCCACAACAUGACCAUGCCAAACAAGCUUCUGCGAAUCACAGAGGAAGGCACGCUGCUUUACACCAUGAGGUUGACUGUAAGAGCAGAAUGCCCCAUGCAUCUGGAAGACUUCCCUAUGGAUGCCCAUGCUUGUCCCCUGAAAUUUGGCAGCUAUGCCUAUACUAGAGCAGAGGUGGUGUACGUGUGGACCAGAGGGGCUGCUCAGUCCGUGGUGGUGGCAGAGGAUGGCUCCAGGUUAAACCAGUAUGAUCUGAUGGGUCAGAAUGUGGAUUCUGGUGUGGUGCAGUCAAGCACAGGAGAGUAUGUCGUGAUGACAACCCACUUCAUCCUGAAGAGGAAAAUUGGUUAUUUUGUGAUCCAAACAUAUCUACCCUGCAUUAUGACAGUUAUCCUCUCCCAAGUGUCCUUCUGGCUCAACAGAGAGUCUGUCCCAGCUAGAACUGUCUUUGGAGUGACAACUGUCCUGACCAUGACCACUCUCAGUAUCAGUGCUAGAAACUCUCUCCCUAAAGUGGCCUAUGCCACAGCUAUGGACUGGUUCAUUGCCGUCUGCUACGCAUUUGUCUUCUCCGCCCUCAUCGAGUUUGCCACAGUGAACUACUUCACCAAGAGGGGUUAUGCGUGGGAUGGAAAAAGUGUGGUCCCUGAGAAGCAAAAGAAGAAGAAGGAGUCUCUCCUGAAGAAGAACAACACAACGGCCUACCCACCUCCCACUGCUACACCCUUCGCACCCAAUCCUGCCAGGAACCCUGGAUUGGCCACAAUCGCCAAAAGCGCUCCUCCACCACCAGAUGAGCCCAAGGAGGAGCCAAAACCCAAGCCCCCAGAGGCCAAGAAGACCUUUAACAGUGUGAGCAAGAUAGACAGGAUUGCCAGAAUAGCCUUCCCUCUGCUCUUUGGAACCUUUAACUUGGUCUACUGGGCAACCUACUUGAAUAAGAAGCCCAAAUUGCAGGGGGUCAAUCACACCUAAUCCAUCUUUUUUUGUUGUUCUUUUAAUUCAUUUGUUUUUCUUAAUUCCUUUUACAAAAAAAGUGGUUAUUUUGAGAUAAACAUUGCGUCCACUCUGGUUUGAAUAUCCAGUUGUUGCAUUGCUUCAAUGUUUACCAAAAUUUUGAAGAUUUCAAAAGAAACACAAUACAGAAAAGAAGAUUAAUUCAGACUUUUAAAAGGGUGUUGUUCAGGUCUGAGAGGAUGCUACUACAAAAUGCUACUAUAAAUAUCUAGCUAAGAGAAUGAUAUUCUACAACUUCACAGCCUGAGUUUUUCUUGGGGCAGUGUUAAAUGUGUUCUUGUUUGAGUACCUCCCUUUUUCGUUUCUUUGUUUUUGUUAACCCAUUUUAAAACAUGGAAUUACAGACAGUAAAAAAAGGCACCUGUGAAUAUGCAUGGGCAGGAGAUCUUAUGAUUUACAUUUGUUUAUUCAGAAUUCAGACCAGUGUUGACUGAUGGCUUGGGGUAUUUGAUGUCACCAGUGCUACGCUCAUUAUUUUUAAAAUAUAUCUUCCAUUCUAGAUAGAACGUUUAUUAGAUUGUGUCAUUCUUUAAAAAAAAAAAAAAAGUAUAUAUAUAUUUUAUUGUUUCUGCAAUAGCAAUAAAACAUGUCUCAGUGGACACCGUUUAUUUAGAGGAAAAAACAUACAAAGUUUAAAUCAUCUCUGUAUACAGAACUGAAAAUAUAUGGAUUUCCUUUCACUGCAUUGUAAAUAUUAUCAAGUGUUAGAGAUGUCUUUAUUAUGAUUAAGCUUAGCAAAGUCUAACUAAAGGGGUGUUUACCAAAUCAACAGAUGGGUAAACUUUUUUUUCCACUUUGUUUAUCUUUAUGGUUCCUUCUACAAAUAGAGCAUAAACUGAGAUCAUUCAUGUUUGAGUGACUGUUUCUCACCUGGUCAACAUUCCACGCCAAAUCUGUUUCAAACUGAAUUUAAAUGUUAUUCAGCUGGGUGUUUGUGACCACACCGACAACAACAACAAAAAAAAUCCUUUCUAAUGAUGGCUAGUUAUAAGCAAGAUUGUAGAACCAUUGCAAAUGAUCAGAAUUAAACAUGGCAUUUUCGUACUUUUGUUUGGUUUAUUUAACUUUUUUUUGUUACCUUUUGUUUUUAGUUAUGCUUAUUUAAGCUUGGGCCUCCUUUGCUGAAACAGCAUUUGUAGAAAGGUUUAGAUAGCAUCAGUUAAAAAAAGUGAUGGGGCACAUUGAGAUGGGGGAGAAGUGCCUUUAUCAUUUCCAGAAUUGAAGGUGCAAUGGAUUUGUGGAUUGACGGCACAUCUUUAUUUUCCAUCCCACUGAAUCCCAACGCUGACCACGUUUACUACAGUUUCCAGAUUCACUGGAAAGAAAAUUGAGACAAAAUACUCAGAAAGUACCAGCUACACUGCCUUUCAGUAUCACAUGCCCCGUUUGGAGUCAUUUUGUUGCUGCUUGUUCGGUGAGCAACAGCGAGAGACAGGGAGAGAGAACGAAAGAGACAAAAGGGGGAAAAAGACAAUGAGUUGAAGUGGCACUGUAUCUUAGGUUAGUCGGCGCUGUGUUCCACACAGAGGACUUGUCUUGUAGUUCUACGAUAGGGAUGAAGAUGAAUAUAUUUUUGUAGCAUGAUGUCAAUCCCUCUUCCAACCAACAGAAACUAAAGUGAAAAGAAUGUUUUCAUUCGGGUUUAGAACAUUGCUUGCUUCCUUUUCAUUUUUUAGAUAAAAAAAACAACACAGACUUUUAGGAAAUGCUUCUCCUGUGAUGUGACAUGUAAAGGUUUCUAAACAGUCCAAUUUUAAAUUAUGUUAAUGUAGCAAUAUCAAUUAGUAAGGGCUUUCCUUAGGACCUGAACCUGUCACUCAGUCUGGGGGUGAUAUCCAUUGUAGCUUUGCACUGACCCAUCUGUUCUUGUGGUAUCAUGCGUGCUGGACAUUGAAAUUUAUUACAUACUUUUGAUAUGUGGGUAAAAAAUGGCAGGCUUUGUGUCACCAUCUUGCUUUGUGAAGCCCUUAGCUUCAUUUCAGACACUCUUUGAUGAAAGCAGAGUACCACGGUGCUGCUUUGCAGCUUCUCAGUGUGCUGUGCUGAAUGUAUUUUACAGGAGAUUGAACUAAGCCACACAUAUAAGAACUGUGGAGGGCUAUCUGUACAAAACCUUGCAAAACUAUCAAUAUCCCUUGAACAUUUAUAUAUUUUGCUGUGCUGGCAAACUUAAAGGUAAUUUAUUGGAACGUUACAUGAUAGACCAACACAAAGUAGGACAUUAGGAAAGUGAUUCAAAUUAUUAUUAAUAUUAUUGUUUUAGUGGAACACACUUGUUUUCGACCCCUAUAAAAUCGCUAUUAUGUAAAACCCUUUGAGGUAUUUAUAUUCCUUUUUGCAAAAUAGCUCAAGAUCAAUCGGAAGGGAUGGAAAGUAUCUAUGAAAAGCUAUUUCCAGGACCCACCAAAACCAUAUUUCCUCAUGGUAAUGCUAUUGUUUUCUGGUGCAUUUAUCAGUAUUACAUGAGAUGGCAAAAGCUUGGGAUAUUGUUUUUAAAUAUAAGCAUGCUUAUAAUCUCACACCAACUCCAUCUCCGACCCAACUAUUUAGUUUCAGGAUCUUUAUGCCGUUUUUUUGUCUACUGUUUUGAGACAAAACCUCUUAGGUUUUUUAAACAAAAAACACUGGGUAUAUAAUGACAUUAAAGUACAGAGAGGUGAACUCUAUUUAUGAAAUUGACUGAACUGGAAUUUUUUUCGAGAGAAUCAGAGUAAAAGGGUUGAAUAUAAAUAAAUUUUUAUCUGUAAAAGCCUUGUGCCAUCUACCUUCAAGCUCUUAAAAAUGCGCCACUUUGUGUUUGUCUAUCCGAAAAAAAUCUCAUUAAAAUACGUUCAAGUUUGUGGUCGUAUUGUGACAAACUGUGGAAAGGUUCAAGGUGUAUGAGGACUUUGCAGGGGAUUACAUUUUGUGUUGUGCUGUUAAACGAUCACACUCCUACCAGAAUUGAAAGGAAGAAGAGAUUAGAGCUGUUUUUCUAUUAUAUUGGCAUCACCGUUAUGAUCACUUCUAAAUUUAUCCCUGAAUGGAAAACUUUUGCAAGCAUAUGCAAGCAGUCCACUGUUCACGGCCACUUUACCUACAAGCAGAGGGUCAAGGAACUGUAAGGUUCAGGAUACAGAGUUGUACAAAGAUGUUUGAAUUAAAAAAAAAAAUGUAUUUAUGUUUAUUAUCAUGAAGAAAUAUAUAUAUAGAUAUAUACAUAUGUAAAAUACAUAAUACAUACAGCAUUUGAUUAUAUUAUUGAAGAUACUAGCAAAUAUGAUGAAUAUUGUUUGUAUUAUCAAUCUAUUGUUAUGCAUUUUGCACAUUUAAAAAGAACAAUAACAUUAAAUUCAUGUAGUCGGCUUUGUGCUAUGCAAGAACAGCUUCGAACCACAUCAUUGACCUUUUUCUCCAUUACCAUUAAGCUUUAGAUUUACAAGUUAUAAUGAAAAAAUAAAGAAAAUAGCUUAGCUUUUAUAUCAGCUGCACACAUAUUAGCUUAUUUUUUUUUCCUUCAAACAAUGGCCAUACAGGGUGACAUUGAAGAACACAGUGGAUUAUCUCUUUUGUUUGUGCUUUGGAUUUGUCUUUGGUUGAGGGGGGAAAUGGCUUUCAUUGUCAGUUGCACUUUUUAUCCAGGGUCGUGCAAUAAAGAGAUUGAGCCAAAAAAAAAAAAUCAGGAGCAAAACUGUAACAAGAUCUCCUUAGUACCUUGUUGUCAAAAUCUGCAUUUAAGUACAAUUUUUUUUCUGAUUUUCUUCUAUUCUUUUUGAUAGCAAAAGUGAGGGGACAUAGACAUGUUACUUGAUAUAAGAAAAUAUUUCUUAUUUCCUUAAUUUGAUAACUCAAAGAUACUACAUAAUUUUUGGCUUUACAAGGUAAAAUGAAAAAAAAAAGUGAAUUUUCUACAGUUUGAGAGUUUUGCAUUGGAAGCAUAUUACCUAAGUAAUCAAAGAAAGAAGAGACAAAGACUAAAAACCAUUUCCAAGUAUAUAUUGUCUUUUUUUGCAGGUCUGGUUUUGCUAUAUUUAUUGCUUCAGAAUGUGAAACAUGAGGCACAGUACAGCCAUGAGCUUCCUACUAUUACCUUCACCCAUUUCAUAUAUGUAAAUACCACAUACUUACGGGUCCAUUGCAGUUUUCAUCAGCAUAUGCUUUCUUUUGGUUAUUCCUUGAUAGCUACUGGAUUUUUUUUUCUUGUAUUUUUAAUCAAGCAUAAUGUAUUCUGAUUUCCACUUAAAAGAAAUAAAAAAAAUAGUAAUUUUCUAAAGCACAAAAGGUCAUUUAGGGUGAAAGAAACCAGAAAAAGAUUGAAAUCGUAUGGACAUUAAAACACAUGAAAUGCACACAAGCUCACAUAUCUACAUGCACCACAUAUGCUGGUAGUUCAGUGAAACUGAUAGAGGGUUGUGAUUGAUGUAGAUGAAUUGGUAAACCUGUAGAUGUUCUCUUUUUUGUUUCUUUUGGUUAUGAUAUGGCCCUGUAAAUCCUGAUUCUCUGCAUUAGUCUUUAAAUAAAAAGAAAACAAAUGA